CUGACAUUGCCCUUGUGACGGAAAGCUCCAAAUUCUUCCAUUCAUGAAAUCCGGGCAACGCGCUUGCGCAAUGAAAUUCGGAGUCCUCCCAUUCAUAAAAAUGUAGCCCCCGCACUUGCGCGCUGAAACAUUAUGCCCUCCCAUUCACAAAAAAAUCUGUCAGGGCAUCUGCGCAGUACGUCCUUCACCCUCCCAUUCAUAAAAAAGCCAUUUUCCCAAGUAGUUGCAACAUCGUACCAAAAAGCCCGUGUCCCUACUGCAGUGCUGUUCGUGUCGAUUGUGAUAAAGGAUUUUUCUUCUGGGUGGUUUUUUAUCUGGAACGUCUAUUUUGGAAUAUACAUGAUACCAAUCACAAAAAAUAAGGAAAUGCGUUGUUUUUCAGAACAAGGCUGCUAGACUCCGGGCUCCUCUCUCUCUCAGAGUGAUUUAUGAAGGAGGACGCGGCGGACCCGAAAAUGGAGUCCAGGGUCCCCCACCACAUCCCCGGCGUCCCCUCGGCCGUCCUGGGGCAGCCCCUGCUGGACAGCCGGGUCCCGUACGGGCGGCUGCAGCACCCGCUCGCCAUCUUCCCCAUCGACCAGAUGAGGUCGUCCCACGCGGAGAACGACUACAUCGACAGCCCCGCCGUGGUGUCCCAGCAGCCCCACAGCCAGAAGGCAGCCCGGGGGGGUCCCCACGAGGCCCUGCUGGGGGGGUCCCCGCACCCGAACCCGCACCCGCACCCCCACCCGAUGCGCUGCGACCCGCACGACGUCACCACGCACCCCUGGAUCUCCUUCAGCGGCAGGCCCAGCUCCGUCAGCAGCAGCAGCAGCACCUCCUCCGACCAGCGGCUGCUGGACCACGCCGCCCCCACCCCCGUGGUGGACCCCGGCCUGGCCAGGACCCCCCCGGCGGCGGCCGAGCUCCUGGGCUCCAAGCCCCCGCCCACCCUCCUGAAGGCGUCGGCCGACCCCCCGGCGGCGGCGGCAGCGUCGGCGGCGAUGGGGGCGGCGGCGGCGGCGGGGGGGAAGAAGCACGCGCUGCUGUGCGAGGACUGCGGGAAGUGCAAGUGCACGGAGUGCACCCUGCCCCGGACGCUGCCCUCCUGCUGGGUGUGCAACCAGGAGUGCCUGUGCUCGGCCCAGAGCCUGGUGGACUCGGCCACCUGCAUGUGCCUGGUGAAGGGCGUGUUCUACCACUGCACCAACGAGGAGGACGAGGAGGGCUCGUGCGCCGACCGGCCCUGCUCCUGCUCGCAGGCCAACUGCUGCGCCCGCUGGUCCUUCAUGGCGGCGCUGGCGCUGGUGCUGCCCUGCCUGGUGUGCUACCUGCCCGCCACGGGCUGCGCCAAGCUCUCGCAGCGCUGCUACGACUGCGCCAGCCGGCCCGGCUGCCGCUGCAGGAACUCGCCCCCCUGCAAGGGCGGCAGCGCCGGCGGUGGGGGGGGCGGGGGCGCCGAGGGCAAGGCCGGUGGGGGGGCGGUGCCGGGGAAGCAGCCGUCCUGAUGCCCUCCUCGCCCCCACAAACCCAAACCCAAACCUAGCCCGCCCCUCCACCCACGGCCGUACCGCCUGGUUUAGCUCUUUCGCUUUAUUGGCUCUCUGGAGGGGGGGGGGGGCAGGAUCGUCCCACCACCCCGACAAAAAAAAAGAGAGGAUUUUGGACCCCCCUCGCCCCCCCAUCCUCGACCCCCGCCCCCUCCCCCCCUGUUCUGGAAGACACAGGAAACCAUGGUACUUGCAGAGGAUUAAAACAGAUUGUCGCCACUUCGGCGAUGUCGCAUCAACACCGCCCAACAGAGAACGAUCCGGAAAAAACGGUGGGCGCGGCGGCUCGGUCGGUUUCGGGUGCCAGUCUUUAAACUGUGAAGAGACUGGAACGGAAUAAGGAAAGCUAAAAAAAAAAGAAAAGAAAAGAAAAGAAAAGAGAGAGAAAUGUAUGGCUAAAUGCACAAGUCAUCUUUCAUGUCUCCUUGGCCAUUUUCAGCUAUUUAUUACACAGCAUCAUGAUUCCUAUCUCUCCCCGUGUUUUUAAUUUAUACAGAAUGUUUUGGUUUUUUAAAGAAAAAAAGUUUUAAAAAAAGAAUCCUAAUUAAUGUUUUGCUAACUGUUGUUCUUGUUUUUUUUUGGUUUGUUUUGUUUUUUUUGUUCUCCCUUCGGGUAGCUAUUAAUAGAUAAUAAUCAGAGUCAACUUUUCCAGAAAGUGGAAAGGACAAUAUGUGCUGCUUUUGUAGAGUUGAAUCGCCUAAAUGACUAAAGAAAUGGUGCAUGUCACCCCUUUUACCCUCGACGCCAACACACUCUCCGCUACGAGCCACUACCCAACCACUUCCUGUUUUCUCUUCACCAAAAAGCGUUCGCGUCUGAACUUUUUUUUAUACGUACAGUAGGGGAAAGAAAAAAGCUGCAAACCAUGUAAGGCUUCCACCUACGAGCUUGUCGGAGAGCGUUUCAGUCAACGCGAGACAGGGAAGGCGUGGUUUUUUUUUUUUUGCGCGGUGGUGUAAGGUGACCGUUAGGUUUUUGUUCCAUACCACGUCAGCCAGAUGUCCAAGGGACACCUUGAAGAGGGGCUUGCCUUCAGUUAUUCUGGACUGAACACAUCCAGCUGGUGUUAAAUGGCUAUCUGUGAAAUGCAUGCGUCAGAAAUGCCCUGCAUGAAAUCGUGGAUGAGAUGGUGGGGGGGGGGGGGGGCAGUUUUGCUGUUUUAAAAAAAAAAAAAAGAGAGAGAAAAAAAGACACAACUCAGGGAUAAAUUCCUUUCAUUUCCGUUUUGUGUUGCUCUAGAGAAUCGAGAGGAGGCCACACUUUGCGCCAAGAAGCAAAAAUGGCUCCAAGUUGGGUAAAUUAUUGACUAUUUGGGAAUUUUUAUUUUAUUUUUAUGUUUUAAAAGAGGAAAAAACAAAAGUAAUCGGCCAGUAUUCCAUGCUUCCAAGCGGCCUGUUGUAAAGAAAGACCCUUUUGAGUAAGGGGGGGGGUAGGGGGGGAGGGAGGGAAAAAAUUGCAAUAAACUGUGGUUUAUCGGGACCACCUUACUUAUACCAAUCAACCACUUGCACAUCCUUCUAUCGAUCAAGCGAACCCCAAAAGAUGAAACAAAAGCACAGUUUGACGCAGGAAGAAGGGGAGGGGGGGGGGGAUGAAAUGGGCGUUUUCGUGUUUAGGGACGAAGGUGCCUUCUCACCUGCCGCGCACAGUCCCUCUCCACUGCUGCUGAGCUCGGCCUUUUUAUUGUAAAUAACCGUUAUUUUCGGAAUAUCAGAAGUUCUAUUUUAGCGAUUUGUAUGGUAUGCCAGGACUUUAGCCAAUAGGAGAGUAGUAUGCCGCUCCUUCUAUUUUUGUCAUCGUCGUCGUCGUCUUACUCCAGAGGGAUCGUUUCGGUCGUGCACUUGACAACCGGUCAGAUGGUAAAAGCUCUUAAAGGUACGGUGUCCUUUUUAUUUUAUUUUUUUAGCAGGGUGAUACAUUUUUGAAUUAAAGGGAUACUUUCUCUAUCCCCCAUCUCUCCCGCCCUCCGCCCCCCCCCCCCCCCCCCAAAAAAAAAAAACCCUUCCAUGUGCCACCCCCCUGUUCUUACAUCUUACCACCGCCCCCACAGAUAUGGUAAUGUUUGUACUUGUGAUGUUACACAAAGCAAAAAAAUGCAAGUGCGGAGAAACAAACAAAAAAAAAAAGAGGAAAAAAAACACUGUUCUGUCAUGAAUGUACGAGGCCAUGUUAUUUUCACGUGGCUCUUUGUGGAGCUGCUUGAGGGCAGAUGCCAAAAUGAACACACAAAGGAGAAGGAGAAAGAGGUCGAAACAACUAAUGUAGAAUUACAACUUGUUGCCAUCACGUUAAAAACACGAAUCACUGCAGGCAAGCUUUUUUAUUGUAUAUAGUCUUAAGGACCUAGUAAUCCAAGCCUGAUAGUGUAGUUGUAAAAUCGCAUGGUACAGUAUAAUUUCAGUGCAGUACAAAAAAUAUAUAUAUUUUUGGGGGCAAGGCCGUGGGCUUAAAGGAGGGGGGGGGAGGGGGGGGCGACGACAGGUCUUUCUAUCACAAACAGCACUUGCUUUAGAGGAGUGUACUGGGUAAUAAAAAAAUACCUCUUUGUUUAUUUUAUUCACGCUUCAUUACCUCGAGAGAGGGGCAAGGCUAAUUCCCCAGGUCCUCAGUACCUCUGAAACCACAGAUUCCCAGAAACUGUUCAACAAAUACUGCUGCAGUUCAGCCAGACCCAGCCAACCUUCACCAACAUUUUUUACACCAAUGUGUUCACAGGCACAUUUUUUCUUUUCUUUACCAGAUAUCCAAACUUGAUUGACAAAAUACAGCUGCAUCGGCAUUGGGUUUGUUAAAACUGGAACAUCCCAAGUCAGAUAAAAGAUGGUUCUUGGUUUUUUUAAAAAUUAUUAUUAUUUUUAAGUUUCACACACUUUUGCUUUGCCAACACCAGGAUAGAUUAAACUUCCCACAACUGCAGACUCCGUAAUUUUUUAUGUUGUUUUUUUUUGUUGUUGUUGUUGUUUGUCACCCAUUUGCCUGUAAACGACACGAUUAAUCUCUUUUUAAAAGCAAACUCAAAGAUCAACAUUUUGUUCCGAAAAAAAAAGGUGUGACUAGACAUCCUUUGUAGCACCUGUGGAGGUCACCAGAAUUCCAUUGGCAGGACAGUUAACUUGUCCUAGUUAACCCUUCCAGAUAGCUGGUUCAUGCUAUUCUAUUUCUUGCCUUUACAAUUUCAAUGUUCAGAAAAGAAGCUAUAUGCCUUUGUCUUGUUCUAGGAAAAAAAAGGAAAAAAAUCUCACAUACAGUAUGUUUCCCUUUAGAGAUAUAUUUAUUUUGAAGUUCUAUUUUAUAUAGUAUUUAUUUUAGAUGCCUUUUGUUGUUUGUGAAGAAAAAUUUAAAAAAGCUUAUGUCAAAAACGGAAUGUACAUUGAAAUUAGAAAUAUAUAUUGUUAAAUAUGAUAAUGUUGUGUGGUGUCUUCUUUUCUCCUUUGGUUGAUUUAGAACCCAGACAAAUGUGCUGCACGAAGUGCCUUCUGCUCCAAAAAAAAAAAGAAAAGAAAAGAAAAAAAGAAA